ACAACGGUGAUGUGAAGAUGCCGUGCCAUCUGGUGCUGGCAAAGCUGGCAGAGAAGUACGCCCCAUCAGUGUUGGUAGUGGUGGAUGCACUAGUGGAGCCCUUAGAGAACAUUGUCACGAUACGUGUGAAGGCAGACUCAUUUCCCAUCUCAUCCCUUUCCUCCCCUUGCCUCCCUCUGUUAUCACCAUCAUCCACGGCAGACAAUUAUGAUGUGAAGAUGCCGUGCCAUCUGGUGCUAGCGAAGCUAGCAGAGAAGUGCGCCCCAUCGGUGCUGGCAGUGGUGGAUGCAAUAGUGGAGCCCUUAGAGAAGACCGUGACAACACGAGUCAAGGCAGACGCAGUGAAGCAGGAGGUGGACCGCAAUGAGGACAUGAUCCGCAGUGCCCUGCGCGCCGGGCAUGCGCUGUCUCGCAUAAGGGGAGAUGUGCUUGCCUAG